ACCUCGGGUUAAGAGCUUAAUUCGUUCCGGAGGUCCGUUCUUCACCUGAAACUGUUCUUAACCUGAGACACCACUAAUGGGGCCUCCCGCUGCUGCCGUGCUGCCGGAGCAUGAUUUCUGUUCUCAUCCUGAAGCAAAGUUCUUAACCUGAGGUACUAUUUCUGGGUUAGCGGAGUCUGUAACCUGAAGCAUAUGUAACCCGAGGUACCACUGUAUGUCCUUUUAUUUAAAAUGCAUCUCUGGGUUAUUUGUGGGGCAUAGGAAUUCGUUCAUUUUUCUUUCUUUCUUCAAAAUAUAUUCCGGCCCACCACAAGGUCUGAGGGACGGUGGACCGGCCCAUGGCUGAAAAAGGUUGCUGACCCCUGGUCUAUAGCUCUCCUUCUGGAGCCAGAGAGGUCGGGAUAGUCACUUUCCAGGGCACCAUUUAAGAUGUAGAGGUUUAGCCUGAAGGCUGUUUGAGCCAAGCAGAUGCCUGCAAAGUUUGAUUUCUGAUCUUUGGAACAACAGGUGAGGAGGAAUCCACUGGCUUCACGGUUGGGAGGAGACCAUUUGUGCUGUGCAUAAAGGGCAUGAUGAUUAGGGCCCAAUCUGGCAUUGAGAUCCCCUCCUAAAACUCCAGAUGCCUUUGGGUUAAGCAAAAUAAGGGCCUCUGAGGCUCCCUUUGUUUCUUCCUCUCUCCCAGGACCCUGCAGCUUGUGGUGGCUCCUUGACUCCUCAGGAAGGAUGAAAGAGAUGGAUCCUGCAAAGCUAGCAAGGAUGGAAGGGGGAAGAUGGACAGUUGACCUGGUCAGGUUGUCUCCUGCAUCCCUCCUCACAGCCUCUGAGCGUUCCCUCCCAGGGACCUCUGAGAUAUCUGGUGGUGAUGAAUUGGAAAUGAAGAAUGGGGGAGACCAUGACAAAAUCCACACAGUGGAGAAGCCAUAUCAAAAUUGGGAGUAUGGAGAGAGCUCCAGUCAGAGUUCCCAUUCCCAUCAAAGAACUCACAGUGGGAAGAAAUGCUAUCAGUGCUUGGAAUGUGGGAAGAGCUUCAGUCAGAGCAGCAAUCUCACUUCUCAUCAAAGAAUUCAUACUGGAGAGAAACCCUAUCAGUGCUUGGAAUGUGGGAAGAGCUUCAGUCAGAGCAGCAAUCUCACUUCCCACCAAAGAAUUCAUACUAGAGAGAAACCCUAUCACUGCUUGGAAUGUGGAAAGAGCUUUAGUCACAGCCAAAGUCUCACUUCCCACCAAAGAAUUCAUACAGGCGAGAAACCCUAUCAGUGCUUGGAAUGUGGAAAGAGAUUUAGUCAGAGUGGGGAUCUCACAUCCCAUCAAAGAAUUCAUACAGGGGAGAAACCCUAUCAGUGCUUUGAAUGUGGAAAAAGCUUCAGUCACAGCACCCAACUCACUUCCCAUCACAGAAUUCAUACAGGGGAGAAACCCUAUCAGUGCUUUGAAUGUGGAAAGAGCUUCAGUAAGAGCAGCAAUCUCACUUAUCAUCAAAGAAUUCAUACUGGAGAGAAACCCUAUCAGUGCUUUGAAUGUGGAAAGAGCUUCAGUCAGAGAACACAACUCAAUUCCCAUCACAGAAUUCAUACAGGGGAGAAACCCUAUCAGUGCUUUGAAUGUGGAAAGAGCUUCAGUAAGAGCAGCAAUCUCACUUAUCAUCAAAGAAUUCAUACUGGAGAGAAACCCUAUCAGUGCUUUGAAUGUGGAAAGAGCUUCAGUCAGAGAACACAACUCAAUUCCCAUCACAGAAUUCAUACAGGGGAGAAACCCUAUCAGUGCUCGGAAUGUGAGAAGAACUUCAGUCAGAAGGACAAACUCACUUUGCAUCAAAGAAUUCAUACUGGAGAGAAACCCUAUCAGUGCUUGGAAUGUGGAAAGAGUUUCAGUCAGAGCACCCAUCUCACAUCCCAUCAAAGAAUCCAUAGAGGGAAGAAACCCUAUCAGUGCUUUGAAUGUGGAAAGAACUUCAGAAGGAGGGCAGGUCUCAUCCACCAUCAAAGAACUCAUACAGGCCAGAAAGGCUAUCAGUGCUCAGAAUGUGGGAAGAGUUUCACUCGGAAGGACAAUCUCACUUCGCAUCAAAGAAUUCAUACAGGGGAGAAACCCUAUCAGUGCUUGGAAUGUGGAAAGAGCUUCAGUCAGAGCGCCCAUCUCACAUCCCACAAAAGAAUUCAUACUGGAGAGAAACCCUACCAGUGCUUUGAAUGUGGAAAGAGCUUCAGUCAGAGCACCAAUCUCACUUCCCACCAAAGAAUUCAUACAGGAGAGAAACCCUAUCAGUGCUUUGAAUGUGGAAAGAGCUUCAGUCACAGCACCCAUCUCACAUCCCACAAAAGAAUUCAUACAGGGGAGAAACCCUAUCAGUGCUUUGAAUGUGGAAAGAGCUUCAGUCAGAGCACCCAUCUCAUUUCCCAUCAAAUAAUUCAUACAGGGGAGAAACCCUAUCAAUGCUUGGAAUGUGGAAAGAGUUUUCGUCUGAGUGCGGAUCUCACUUCCCAUCAAAGAAUUCAUACAGGGGUGAAACCCUAUCAGUGCUUUGAAUGUGGAAAGAGCUUCAGUCACAGCACCCAUCUCAUGUCCCAUCAAAUAAUUCAUACAGGUGUGAAACCCUAUCAGUGCUUGGAAUGUGGAAAGAACUUCAGUCACAGGCAGAGUCUCGCUUCCCAUCACAGAAUUCAUACAGGGGAGAAACCCUAUCAGUGCAUGGAAUGUGGAAAGAGCUUCAGUAGGAGCACCCAUCUCACUUCCCAUGAAAGAAUUCAUACAGGGGAGAAACCAUAUCAGUGCUUGGAAUGUGGGAAGAGCUUCAGAAAGAGGGCAAGUCUCAACCGCCAUCAAAGAACUCAUACAGUGGUACCUUAGGUUAAGAACUUAAUUUGUUCUGGAGGUCCAUUCUUAACCUGAAACUGUUCUUAACCUGAAGCACCACUUUAGCUAACGGGGCCUCACGCUGCUGCCUCGCGAUUUCUGUUCUCAUCCUGAAGCAAAGUUCUUAACCCGUGGUAUUAUUUCUGGGUUAGCGGAGUGUGUAACCUGAAGCGUCUGUAACCUGAAGUACCACUGUACAGGGCAUGAAGCGUAAUAGAAAUGUGGAAACAGCUUCUCUUCCAAGAGGCGUCUAGCUUCCCUUGAAGAAAUUCAUGUGUUUGAGCAGGUGGUUGCUGAAGAAGUUCAGGCAUGCCUGGAGGAUGGGGACCAUUUGGAUCCCUUCCAAUCAGGAAUCAGGCCUCAUAUUGGCACUGAAACUGCCUUGGUUGUGCUGGUCCAUGAUC